UCUCCCUCCGGCCUCCAGGUCUCCCCUCCUCCCAGAAGAUCCUCUCUCCGCCAGGAGGAAGGGAGCUGCGGAUCCCGCUCUUCGGCUCGCAGGGUUUCCUCGCAGAGAUCCGGUUCUGCAGGGUUGCCUGCAGGGAGCGGAUCCCUCCCUUCCCUCCAGGGGGGCAAAGGGGGCUCCGUCCCCGGACUGGAUCUGCCCCCUCCACACCCGGCAAAGGCUCCCCGGGGGGGGGGGCUCCGGGUGAAUCCGCUGAGGAGUUUGGGAAAACAACUGUGACCAAAGAUUUACCUGCAAGUCAGCUAUCAACCGAUAAUAGAAAUUCAGCCCAAGGCAGUAGCCAAGGGAAAGCAUGAAGCGUGGGAAACUCUUGGCUCCCCCAUCACACAAAAGCAGCCGUCCAAGAAUGCCCAAACGAACCCAUGGAUGCUCAGUGUGUGGGAAAUCCUUUGCUCGCAAGUCCCUCCUUAUGACCCACAGGAAGGUCCAUGUGGGAACUGGAUCCAGUCAAGGUUUGAAGGGUGAGAAAUUUUUCUCUGGGAAAAAUAAUCUCAGAAGCUCCCCUAGACUAAUACCCUAUAAAUGUGUAGAAUGUGACUUAUGCUUUAGUCGAAAGUCUGACCUUCUUACACAUCAGAAAAUCCACACUGGAGAGAAGCCUUAUGAAUGUCUGGAAUGUGGGAAAUCUUUUCUUCAAAUAGGAGGCCUCAGAAUCCACGAGAGAAUUCACACAGGGGAGAAACCUUCCAAGCGUUGGGAAUGUGGGAAGAGAUUUCCUCAGAAUGCACAGCUUUGGUCCCAUGAGAAGACGCAUGUAGGAAUAAAAUCUUACAAGUGCUUUGACUGUGGAAAAUAUUUCACCCAGAGUUCAGGACUUCGGAGACAUCAGAAAACACACACAGGGGAGAAAAAUGAAAAAUGCCUUGAAUGUGGGAAAUGUUUUACCCUGAAAUCAAACCUGGUACAACAUCAGAGACGUCACACUGGAGAGAGACCCUACGAAUGCCCAGAAUGUGAGAAACAAUUUGUGUAUUCUUAUGAACUUCAGAGACACCAGAAGUGGCACAAAGGGGACCUACCCCAUAAAUGUGGGGAGUGUGGGAAAAGUUUUAUUUCUCCAGCCCAUGUUCAGAUUCAUCAGCGAAUCCACACGGGGGAGAAACCCUACAAAUGUGGGGAGUGUGGGAAAUGCUUUUCCCAAAAACAACACCUUGGACGUCAUCAAACCUUCCACACAGGAGAGAAGCCAUACAAAUGCGUAGAAUGUGGAAAAUUAUUUGUAGACAAGCGCGGCCUUUGGAGUCAUCACAAAACCCACACAGGGGAGAAGCCACAUCAAUGCAACGACUGUGGAAGAUUUUAUAGUACCUCAUCAGCCCUUAAAAGUCAUGUAAAAAUUCACACAGGGGAAAAAAACUACAAAUGUUUAGAUUGCGGGAGAACAUUUGCUCAUUCUUCUUCCCUUAGGAGUCACAGCCGAAUCCAUACAGGAGAGAAACCCCACAAAUGCUCAGAGUGCGAUAAAUGUUUUUCUCGGAAAGAUUCCCUUGUGAUGCAUCAGCGAAUCCACACUGGAGAGAAACCCUACAAAUGUCUGGAAUGUGGGAAAUGUUAUUUCCAUCCUUCAACACUUCGCGUGCACAUCCGAAAUCACACAGGAGAGUAGCCUCACAAGAGUGUGAGAAACCUUUUCCUAGUAAAUCAAAGCUAAGAUAAAUCUCUUCAGCUGUGAACAACAUUGGGAGCACUUUUUUUUCAACAGUCACAUCUUAACAUUUAUCAGGAACUUCACAGUGACAGAAGUAAUGAUAAUAAAUGUUGAAGAUGACGACACAAAAAUGUUGUACCCAGAUGAUACACAAAUUGAUCAGUGAUGUACAGGAAUGAUAAAAGAGAUGUAAUCACAAAACAAAAAAUUUGAAAUGAAGAUGUACGUAAAUAGAAAAUUGGGAUUGCCCGAAUACCAUUCUAGAUUGAACUGAUAAUGGAAACAAGGGAGUGGAAAAGGAGAGAGGAGAAGGGAGGAAAGGAGAGGAAGAAAAGGCAGGAGAAAGAAGAGUAGGAGAGAGGGUUAGAAAGGGAAGAAGAAGAGAGGAGUUGUGGAGGGGGAGAGGAAGUAGGAGAGGAAAGAAGGGGAGGGGAGGAACAAAGAAAGUAGAAAGAGACACAAGAAGGAAGGGAAGGGAAGAAGAAGAAAGGUUGUAGUAAAAUAAAGGAGAGGAAAUGGUAAAAGAGCAGCCCCGAACAGUUAAAAAUGAAAGUUAAAGGAUAAGAUUAAUGGUGAAUGAUGGAUAAGAGACUACAUUUAAAUAUGUUUAUGACAAAAAUAAAAACGUUAUAAAAAAAACUUGAGAGCUCUUUUUUUCAACACUCACAUCUUAACGUUACCAGGAACUUCACACAGUGAGAAGUAAAAUCCUACAAUUAUUUGGUGUGAGUAAAUGUUUUCCCUACGGAAGGAACCUCAAAUAACAUCAGCGUACACAAUGAGGCAAAAGGGUGUAAAUAUUGGGAGUGUGAGAAUAUGUUACUCGCAAAGCCCCAUUAUAAAUUUACCAGAGUGAUUGUACAAGAGUUACAAGUAUGUGGGGAGUAGAUAAAAUGUUUUGCAGAGUACAGGAAGUCCUUGACUUAUGACCACAACUUGGGAUGGAUUUCUGCCUGUCGUAACUUGCUACUGUUGUUAAGUUAAGGAACCAGGUAUUUGUGUUAAUUUUUACUAGACUUUGUUGAUCUAUGAAAAGUGAAAAUUUAGAGA